UGACGUCGAAGCUUCUCUGUUUCUGCUCUUCGUUUAGAAAUAGAAAUCACAACUUUGAACUUUUGGCACUUUUUUCAUUUCUCACUUCCUCACCAAAUCCAACUCCUCUUUCUUCUUCCACACUGCCAUUGACCUCUCUUCAGCACCUUCGAUUUGAAGCUCCGUCUCAAUUGGAUACCUGCUACUGUCUUUUCCUUUUUGCAAAAGCUUAUUUUAUCAGUUAUCCCAGGAGAUUGCUUCUAAAUAUCAGUUGCAAUGCGUGCACCAGCAUUACUUGCGCAGUGCUUACCUGGCCUAGUGCCUCAUGAUCGUGGAAGUCUCAGCAUAUCGUCCGUUCCUGAGAAAGAUUUUCAUCUCCCAUCACCAGCAGUAGAGAUUCUCCCUUCCAAGACAGUUCACACUGAAAAAGAUAAUGGGGAGAAUAUAGAUCAUUUUAAGGGUUUAGUUAGUGUUGCCGAUAUUGUUGGAUUCAGUGGUUCAGAGACAAUAUCCUUAAAACCUGAUGGUUAUCUGAAAUCCUGGACUAGUUCCAUUGAUCUUGUUAGUGUUCUUAAGCAUGAGAUUCGUGAUGGGCAACUGACCUUCAGAGGAAAAAGAGUACUUGAGCUCAGUUGCAACUAUGGACUAUCUGGAAUUUUCGCUUGCUUGAAGGCAAGUGGUUUGUUGUCAUUGCUUGAAUUACACUGUCUUCUUGGUGUGACCACCAAAAGUUUCAAUAUUUCUUUUGGGGGAGCUUCUGUGGUGCAUUUUCAAGAUCAGAGUGCAGAAACUGUCAGAUGCACAACUAUACCAAAUGUUCUUGCUAAUCUCAAGCAAGCUCGUGAUAGGCAGAGUCGACAGCCAGAGUCUCCUCUUACUCCUUCAAGACAGACUCUGGCACCAUCAGUUAACUUUUAUGCCGGGGACUGGGAAGAAUUACCUUCUGUGCUGUCUAUUGCGAAAAGUGAUGGAUAUGAAGUGAUGCCUGGAAUGAGUUUGAGCUUUUCUGAGGAAGAUUUUAUGGAUGGGUGUAGUAGUCAAGAUGGUAGCAUCAUUGGACACGAAUCUCACUCAAGGCGGUCUAGGAAGCUCUCAGGAAGUCGAGCAUGGGAAAGAGGUAGUGAGGCAGAUCAAGGAGAGGGUGGCUAUGAUAUUAUUUUGAUGACAGAGAUUCCAUACUCUGUUACCUCUUUGAAGAAGCUGUAUGCACUUAUUAAGAAGUGCUUGAGGCCUCCAUAUGGGGUGGUAUAUCUAGCUCCUACUAAGAGGCACUAUGUUGGCUUCAGUAAUGGCGUACGACAGCUGAGAAGUCUGGUAGAUGAGGAGGGCAUUUUUGGAGCUCAUUUAGUCAAGGAUUUGGCUGACAGGGAUGUCUGGAAGUUCUUUCACAAGUAAACAAGAAUUUGAAAAUCAGAUGGACUCCCUCAGCAAACAUACGAUAGAAUAUUCUAAUGGCACCAUACAUUUUUAUAAUAUGAAUCACAGGCAUUCUUUUGUUUUUUAAAUCCUUGAUUUUUCUUAUUGCUUAGUAAUAAUGGAGGUCUGAAUUUGAAUGCUCAGUUUACGUGCAUCAUCAACAUGAAGCUGCCUCAUUUAGUUGAGUAAAUUUCCACAUUAAUAUCCUCAAGAUUGCUUGGGUUGAUCAUUUUAGUCCUUGAUAGUUGAUAUUGUGUUAGUCUUUGAUUUUAUAAAGUGACACUCAUUUAGUGUCAAAUGAUAGUAGAAAAUAAAGUAAAAAAUAAAAAAACCCUGUAAAGUGAGAGACUAAUAGAGGAUAUUUAAAGUCUUAGGGAUUAAAAAUGUAGUAGUACUAUGAUUCUACAAUCUCGAGGAUUGAUGUGAAGAUUUAUUCCAUUUAAUUCUCUUGCACACUUAUCUCGUUGGAAAAGAAAUUCAGAUAUUGGAAUUGUAAAUCAAACCUUAGUUAUAUUGAAAAAGUAGUAGUACUAGUACAA